AUGUCGACUCCAGUUAGCCCCGUGGAGCACAAGCUCCCCCAGCGGUCGGCUACUGUGUCCAGCGGCUUGACUCGUCGUACUUCUAUGAGUGAUGAUGAAGCUAUCCCGGAUACCGAUAGCAGCGAGACUACCAACCUCCUGAUCGAGCGUCUUCGUGCAUGGAAGCACAUGACUGGAAACUUGGAGGACUAUGUCACGACCACUGCCAAGAUUUCGAGGAAUCAGUCCAAGGACCAUGAGAAGAUUCUUAAGACGGUCAGCGAGCCAAUGAAGGAGGCCCAUCACUUCAGUGCGUCCGAGGGAGGUAUGGCUGGGCUAUUCCAGAACUUGCGUAACAAUUCCCAGGGAAUGGUGAACAUGUUCCUCGAUACCGAAAAGAACCUGAAAGGCAGCGUCCUCCCAACCCUCGAACGUCUCCACAAGGAAAUUAAAAACAAAUCCAAGGAACUGAAGAGCGGUGCAGCAAAGGGAGCCAAAGCCGUAGAGAAAGCCCGUCAAUUGACUCAAAAGCACAUCGAGCUCCUAGGCCAACACUCCGCCUCCCACGACUCCCACAUGAGCAGCAAGAUCGAGCCCCAGCACGAUCCCUACCUCCUCAAGCGUCAAAUCAACCACCGCCUCAACAAGCAGGUUGCCGAGGAAAACAACCACCGCAACGACAUCCUCACUGUCCAGAACUCCUUCCAGCAGUUCGAGGCCCACGUCUUACAAACCGUCCAAGCUGCACUGGAGCAAUUCUCCCAGAUCAUGGGCACCCAGCUGGACCUCCAGCGCGCCAUGUACGGCGACAUGCUCGGCGCUGCCCAGCGCAUCCCUCCCGAUUUCGAAUGGAUCAACUUCUGCGUUAGCAACGACGCCAAGCUCGUCAAUCCUGACUCCCCUCCCCGCGAGUUUGCCAACAUCUCCUUCCCCAACCAAGACCACCGCUCUACCCAGCCCCUCCUCGAGGGCUCCCUGGAGCGUCGCUCCCGCGCUGGUGUCCUGAAGGGCUUCAGCUCAGGAUACUACGUUAUCAGCCCCGCAGGUUAUCUGCACGAGUACAAGGACGACGACGACUUCCGUAAAGAUCCCUCCCCCGAGCUGUCUCUGUAUCUGCCCGACUGCACCGUUGGUUCCAUCGACGGCGUCAAGUUCAGCGUUAAGGGCAAGGAUGUCUCGAACGGAAAGGUGGGCAAUGCCUUCCACACUGCUACCGAGCUGAACUUUAAGGCUUCUACCGCUUCCAACGCUGAGAAGUGGUGGUCCGUUAUUAAGGAGUCCGGUCGCUCUGCGUCCGUUUCUACUCCUAGCAGUGCCGUUGCUACUGCUCCUCCUGCCUCUACGCUUGCCUCGCCUACUUCGCCUGCUGAAUCUCCAAGCCCGGUUGGUAGUAUCAAAGGUAAGAAGGAGAACCACCCACCUACAUACUCUGAGGAGAAGGAUGCGGCGAAGGAUACAAAGGAUGCCACGUCCCCUGCUGGCGCGGACCCCGCAGCGAAGCCUCUUAGCCGCACUGCCAGCUCUGGGAGCUACUUUACCGGUCCUGGUGGCACUGCUGCUGGAGAGAAAUCUUAG